GAACUUGGAAACAAGCUGGAGAUUGCAAAGCCUGCUUUCCCUCGAGGUUGCUGGUCAAUGGUUGUCAUCUACCACACCCAAGGAAACUAGAAGAGCUCCACGCUAAUUUAUGUAAGGUUUAUUUCACUAUGGGAGAUCAAAUGAUUUUCUGGCUCAGGUUUUGUGAUGUUCGGCAUCUGCCUUGGACCUGCAACUUGGAAAAGGGCUCGUCUCUGAAGCACGGUUAAGAGACACAAAAACCAGUCCCAGACAAUGAGCACUUUAAGUAGCACUGGAAUAUUGCUCAGCUUAACGACAGUGUCUGUCACACUGGAUUUUAGUUUGCAUGGUGGUCUGAUGGCUUGGUCCUUAAGCAGCAAUUUGACUCUGAAUCAGAGUUUGCCCACAUCUGAUCCUCUCAACGCCUCUGAGAAGGGCGAAGUCUCUCGGAUGUCCGUGAGGGAGAAGAAUUGGCCAGCCCUCCUGAUCUUGGUUGUCAUCCUGCUGACCAUUGGGGGGAACAUAUUGGUAAUUAUGGCUGUGUCCUUGGAGAAGAAGUUGCAGAAUGCCACAAACUUCUUCCUGAUGUCCUUGGCAGUGGCAGACAUGCUGGUGGGUAUCCUGGUCAUGCCCGUGUCGCUCAUUGCAGUCCUGUACGAUUAUGCUUGGCCUUUGCCUAAACAGUUGUGCCCUAUAUGGAUUUCCCUAGAUGUGCUCUUUUCAACUGCAUCUAUUAUGCAUCUCUGUGCCAUCUCUCUUGAUCGGUACGUAGCAAUACGCAAUCCCAUUGAGCACAGCCGCUUCAAUUCCCGCACCAAGGCCAUUAUGAAAAUUGCUGCAGUUUGGACCAUAUCCAUAGGGUUAUCGAUGCCUAUUCCGGUCAUUGGUUUGCAGGAUGACUCCAGAGUGUUUGUAAACGGGACCUGUGUCCUCAAUGACGAGAACUUCAUCCUCAUUGGAUCCUUCAUGGCUUUCUUCAUCCCUCUCAUCAUCAUGGUGAUCACGUAUUGCCUGACCGUCCAGGUGCUGCAGAGACAGGCGACGGUGUUCAUGUGUGGAGAGGUGCCCAAGCAGAGGAGGAGCAGUGUGAACUGCCUCAAGAAGGAAAACAACACAGAGAACAUUUCAAUGCUUCACAAUCACGAGGGGGCAUCUCACUUGAACUCCCCUGUAAAUAAGGAGGCAGUGCUUUUCAGGAAAGGAACUAUGCAGUCCAUCAACAACGAGCGAAGAGCCUCCAAGGUCCUGGGCAUCGUCUUCUUUUUGUUCCUCAUCAUGUGGUGCCCGUUUUUCAUCACUAAUGUCAUGUCUGUCCUUUGCAAGGAAGCCUGCGACAAAGACCUCUUGAGUGAACUGCUUGAUGUGUUUGUUUGGGUGGGGUAUGUUUGCUCGGGGGUUAAUCCCCUGGUGUACACACUCUUCAACAAAACCUACCGCAGGGCUUUUUCCAAUUACAUCCGCUGCCAAUACAAGCCCGGCAAAAAAUCAGCACUGCGGCAGAAUCAGUGUCUGAAUGUUGCUUCAACAGCUUUGUACGGGAAAGAUCUGACUUUAACUAGUUAUCGAAAUGGCAAUGAGUUCAACAGCAUGGAACUAGAAGCUGAGGAGGGCCUGGAACUGCAACCGGGGACUUCGGAGCUCUCCAUAAACAGCUGUAAUGUUGUAAGCGAAAGAGUGAGCUGUGUGUAAGGGUGACUCACGCAGCCUUUUGCUACGGUGUAUCUGUAGCCAAAAUACAUUGUGUAAAAAUGUAAGUGUCGCUCAAAGGACAAUGUAAAUAUUGCAUUCUGAACAAAGCUUUUUUUUUUUAAAGAAAAAAAAGAGUUGUCUUUCCAGUCCAGUACUUAAAAUCAUAUAUAUUAAUAUACUGCAGUGAAGUUUAAGGUUCUAUAUUUACUGUUACUAAUAGAUCAGAACUAUUAGUUACUCUGCAUAUGUCAUGGACAAAAUGUUUGAAUUCUUCUUCCAGUGCAUGAACAAAAAUGCUGAAUAUUUAUCUCAGGUGGAAUUUGCUGGAGUCCAGAAUGGCACGUUAAUAGUUAUAUAUCAAAUACAUGCUAUUAGACUUGGUCAGUAUAACUUUCUUUUUCAAGUUGACAGUAAAUAUAUACUUUAAAUCCUCACCCCUAUUUGUGCCGUGUAAAGACUUUACAGAAACCUGGCAGAAAGACACCACAAGAGCGUAGUGGCCGUGCAGGCACCUGGCCAGACAUGUCCUGUGUCUUGCUGCCAUACUGGGUCAAUCUUGCACUUCAGGGGUCCUCUGCUAAAUUUUGGCUCCCUCUCCAACCCUGCUGUUUUCUUUCCAUUGCACAGGAGGCUCUGGCUCCCCUAGGGAAGGUAGGGAAUGCAGUUCUGGUGUGGUUCUGCAGUCCUGGCUGGGAUCACUUGCAGACUUGGAGAAGAAGCAUGAGAGACAAAGUUCUCUAUUUCCACUAUUCUAUAAAUGGAAGGCCUCAGAUUCGUAAAAAACCCUCCUUUGGUCUUUCAGACACCCAUGAGGUCUGGGAUGGAGCAGGCUGUGCUCAGUGCACUGCCUUCACACGCUGCUGGAGGAUCAGGGGCUUUGGCUGACCUGC